AUGGCAACAUCCCGAAAGGCACAAACUGGCGCCGCUGAUCCGCUGAUCCAACAAAUCGCAGACAAGGAUCGCGUACCUUGGUAUAACAAGCCAAACCUUCGCUAUCUUUACUUAAUGCUUUUCCAAACAUAUUUUGCCGAUCGUCUCAAUGGCGAGUUCACUGGUGAGCUCAAAGGUAUCAUCGCGGCUGCCUACUCGCUUGGCGCGAUGCUCUCGCUCCCCUUAAUUGGCAUUAUAAACGACAAACUUGGUCGAAGAUGGUCAAUCUUUGGGGGGUCUGCCAUCAUGGUCAUGGGAUCCAUUAUCCAGGGGUUUUCGGUAAAUGCUGGCAUGUAUAUUGCCGCUCGAAUCUUACUUGGUUUUGGCAUCCCGGCGUGUAUCGUGUCUGGAUCUUCCCUUAUCGGAGAGCUCAGCUACCCCAAAGAGCGUGCAUACCUCACCUGCUUAUUCAAUCAUUGCUGGAAAUAUGGCGUGGAAGAUUCCAUCUUGGCUGCAGAUGGCACCUUCGUUGGUCCAGAUGGCAUUAUAAUCUUCUUCAUUCCAGAAAGCCCCCGUUGGCUCAUUGCCAAAGACCGCAACGAAGAGGCGUAUGACAUCCUCGCCAAAUAUCACGCAGAGGGUAACCGCGACUCCAACUUUGUCAAGGCAGAGUUUGCUCACAUGCAGACAAUCAUCCAGCUUGAGAUGGAGCACUCAAGCAAGUCACACAUGGAUCUCAUCAGAACGGCCGGGAUGCGGCGCCGCACCUUGAUCACUGCCGGCCUCGGGUUAUUUACGCAAUGGUCGGGCAACACGCUCAUCUCGUACUAUCUUAACGACAUUCUUGAAAUGAUUGGGCGCAACUCGUCCAUUUUCAAACAGCAGAUCAAUGUAGCGCUUUCGUGCUGGAGCCUUGUGUGCGGUGUCGUCAUCGUCUUGACAUGCGUUCGGUUGAAACGCGUGACAGCAGCAUAUAUGUGUACCAUUAGCAUGCUGGUCAUCUACGUCGCUUGGACUGUGACUAUGGAGAGGGCGACUGCCGCUAUAAACGCUGGAAGACGAAAAAAUGGUGCGGCUGUGGCAGUUCUAUUCUUGAUAUUUGCAUACAAGCCUGCGUACCAGAUCUUUUAUAACGCUUUGACGUACACUUAUCUGGUAGAGAUCUGGCCCUACGCUGAACGAUCACGAGGUAUUGCCCUGCAGCAAUUUUUCAGCCGCGGUGCUAGCUUCGCAACGACAUUUAUUAACCCAAUUGGGCUUGAAAAUGUUGGUUGGAAAUAUUUUAUUUCUUACUGUAUCAUUCUAGCCCUCGAGAUUGCAUUCGUCUACUUUUUCUUUGCCGAAACGUCAGGAAGAACGCUAGAGGAAUUGACAUUCCUCUUUGAAGACAAGGAGUUGGCCGAGGCGGCAAAUGAUGCAGCCAUGAAGGCAUCGGAUCACGCGCGAGUUGAAGAGGUUGAAAUGACUCGGGACGGAAAGGCUGCGUGA